AUGAACGAGGGCCUCAAUGACCUCCAUGUCUCGCAGCGCCGGACCGAAGAGCUCGACUGGCGCGAUGCUUCAUCCGAAGAGCGCACAGCCAUCUCUCCGCGCACCAGAUGGCGGCGUCAGAAGACCCCCACGACCUUGCGUCCGGACAAGGGCGUCCACCUCGCGACCGUCGCGCCACAUGUUGCAUACCAGAGAGUGGCUCGCGUCCGCGAAAGGGCUGGCGAGGCUGCAGCGUUCGUCGACUUGGACGGCACGUGCAUCUCCGAUCGGUGCAAGCGCAUGCUACCAUUCUAUGUGCUACAGGCCCUGCCACUGCACGCCGCCUCUUGGCGUGCUAUCCUGCUCGUCUACUGCCUCGUGUUGCGGGUCCUGAACCUGCUCGGAGACGACGACUUUGUUCGCAUCUUCCUGGGCGGCGUGAGUGUCGACGUGCUGCGCUCGGCAGGUCAUCGUGCGGCUGUCAUGAUGUCCAGGAAGGCGCAUGAGCCGGUGCUGCGGCAGCUUUUCGCGUUGCAGCGUGCGGGCGCAAAGAUUGUCGUGGUCACGGCCAACGCGCGGCCUCUCGUCGAGCCAUUCAUCGUUGACGUGCUCCGCUUCUCUCUGCCGCCGGGCGCCGCGACCGAGCUGGCGGUCGACGCAGAGGGCCGAGUGCGUCGGGACUCGCCGGUGCAGGGCGGGUGGAAUGUCGACGGCUCGAAGCAGAAGCUGGUCGAGACGCACAUCGCGGAGCACGGCAUCAGCUUCUCGAUCGCGUACGGCGACCAGGCCUCCGAUGUGCCCAUGCUGCUUGCGGUUGAUGAGGCGACGGUCGUCAACCCAAAGAAAGAGCUGCAUCUGGAGGCAGACCGCCGCAAAUGGCAGAUCCUGACGUGCCGCCCGAGCGAGAUGCACUUUGAGACUUCUCAGCACGAGGCGCUGAGGGUGGCGAUCAUCGGCGGUGGCUGGGCCGGCCUCUACGCGCUCAAGCACUGCCUGCAGCAAGGCUUGGACGCGAUCCUCCUCGAGAAGACGGACGCGUGCGGCGGCUUGUGGGUCUACCGUCCUGGUGGCGGUGGCGUCUUCGCCAACACGAUUGCCACCGCCUCGCGUGGCUACAUGCAGGCGAGCGACUUUCCGUUCAACGAGAACCUACCCGAGUUCCUCGGGCACAAAGACUAUCGGCUCUACCUCGAGCAGUACGUGGCCGAGUUCGGGCUGGGCGCUCACAUCCGGCUGAACAGUCUGGUGACGGCCCACAUGGUAGAGGAGACGGCGGACGGCAAGCAGCGGCACAGGCUGACCAUCGAGUCAACAUUGAGUCCAGAUAACAAGUCGACCAUCGAUGAGAAGGAUGCGCAGAAGGAUCCGAGGGACGAUGCCGAGAGCCUGCGAGAGGAGACCUGCCCCUCUCAGCUCACCUUCGAUCGGGUGAUCGUCGCCACAGGCCGAGAGGUGCCGGUGAUCCCGCCCCUCUAUGGCGGCUUCACGGGCACGACGCUGCACUCGUCCGUGUACACUGAGGUCGACCAGCGCUACCGCGGCAAAAAUGUGCUGAUCGUUGGCGGCGGCGAGUCGGCCUCUCACAUUGCCGAGGAGAUUUGCACAGUCUCCAGGACGUGCGUGUGGUCGAUUCGCACGGGCGUCUGGUUUCAAGAUCGCCACGCGGGGAUGCUCGCCCCUGCGGACAUGCGCUUUGGUCGGUUGGCGCGCAUGCUCAUGGGCAACCAAGUGGAUCGGUUUGGCGGCCUGUUCAACCCUGGCGUCGUCGGCCUCACAGGCUUCGGCUGGGGUCCUGGCGGCUCGGGCGUCGCCGCAUGGCAGCCAAUCGAAGACAACGUGAUGAAGUCGUGGGCCAACAAGGAUCGCAACUUCCUGUGGCACCUCUCUACGGGCCGGCUGAAACCCAAGCGCGCUGUGGUCAGCGUGAGUGGCUCGAUGGUCGAAUUUGACGAUGGGGAGAGCCUCAGCUUUGAUGUGAUCAUCCUGUGCACCGGCUUCAAGGCCAAGUUCCCGCCACGCGAGCCGCCGCUCGAGAAGCACACCUGGUACAAGCAUGUCUUCUCCUGCGAGGAUCCGAGCACGGCGCGCGUCGGAUUCAUUCGCCCUACCAUCGGCAGCGUGCCGGCAAUGACGGAGAUGCAAGCGCGCUGGGUGGCUGCGGUGUUCGCAGGCGAGAAGCGCUUGCCCGCUGAGGCCGCAAUGCGUGCCACAGCGUCUGCAGACGUAGCGCGGCGGGCUGUCCAGUUUCCGCACCACCACUACAAGAUGCCGACGCUCGAAAACUUUUGGAACUACACCGAGGAGAUGCACGAGUUGCUCGGCUGCCGACCGACCGUGUUGAGGGUGGUGAUGCGCCGAGGGCUCAAGGGGCUCAAGAUGUGGAUCAAGGCGACGCCGAACACCUUCGAGUCGCUGCUGCUCAAUGCGGACGAUGCACUCUCUGGCUGGGCGUUUGGUGAGCUCGAGAGGCAGCGCGUUAGCUACAAGAAGGCUAAGUCCGGGCUCUCCGUCCACAAGACUGCCGAGGUGGGGCAUGGCGCUAGUCGGAUGGUCUUCGCCUCCGCGAUCCUGCCGCUCCUCUUCAAGCUUCUCCUGCUCUCGUGGGCCCUCAUGCUGUGCUCGCUGAUGCUGCGGCCCUCGACCGUGAUGGAGUUUGAGACCUGA